AAGCUUCGACGAAAAUAAAAUUACGAUUACUUCGUCCCUUGAAAUAUAUAUAAAUAUAAAUUGGGUUUGGGGUCGUUGAAAUGCACAUUUGUGAUUUAAUUUGAUAAAUCAAAUUGUGUUUGCGAAUCUCUGCGAUCGAAAGCAAUGGACUCCUUCUCUUCCUUCUUCGAUUCAAGAAAUCGAUGGAAUUACGAUACUCUCAAGAACUUCCGUCAGAUUUCUCCGCUCGUUCAGAAUCACCUCAAGCAGGUUUAUUUUACCUUGUGUUUCGCUGUGGUUGCUGCGGCUGUUGGGGCUUACCUCCAUGUCCUCUUCAACAUUGGGGGUUUUCUUACAACAUUGGCGUGCGUGGGAAGCAGUGCUUGGUUGCUCUCGACUCCUCCUCUUGAGGAGAGAAAGAGGGUGUCUUUGUUGAUGGCCUCGUCACUUUUUCAGGGUGCCUCUAUUGGACCCUUGAUUGAUUUGGCUGUUCGAAUCGAUCCAAGCGUUAUCUUUAGUGCAUUUGUGGGAACUUCCUUGGCCUUCGCAUGUUUCUCCGGAGCUGCUUUGGUUGCAAGGCGUAGGGAGUACCUGUACCUUGGAGGCAUGGUUUCCUCCGGGUUGUCCAUUCUUCUCUGGUUGCACUUUGCUUCCUCCAUCUUUGGAGGUUCAAUGGCUCUCUUCAAGUUUGAGUUGUAUUUUGGCCUAUUGGUGUUUGUGGGUUACAUUGUGGUAGACACUCAAGAAAUAGUUGAGAGGGCUCACUUAGGCGAUCUGGAUUAUGUAAAGCAUGCCUUGACCUUGUUCACUGAUCUAGCUUCAAUUUUUGUUCGUAUUCUAGUCAUAAUGUUGAAGAAUUCAGCUGAGAGAAAUGAGAAGAAGAAGAAGAGGAGAGAUUAGUUUCCUUUCAAAUCUGCUCGUUUUACACUUCUCCUCGCUUAGUCUGUAAAACAGAAAACAGUUGUCUAUAACGUUGUCCACUUCUUGAGCUUGUUACUGCUGUGCAGUUAGUCGUGUGUGCUUUAUACCAGUCGUACAUGUUGACAUGUUUUUAAGCUUUCUAAUAAAAGAUUUUCUUGCAUAACAUUGCUUCUAAGUUCUAAGGAUGAAAAGGGCUAGAGAAAGGGAGUGGGAGAGAAAUCAAUGGUGGAGAUGCUUCAUCAAUUCUUGCUCCAAGAACGUGUGAGAAUUUUCUUCCUGGAGGAAUCCUAGUAAUAUACUUUCUUACUCAUUAUUAUUGGGUGAAAAUUACGUAGCACUCACUAACAUAUGGGUUUGGCCAUCUAUUUAGUAGGUUUUACUUUUUAUUUUGUGAAUUUCAUACAAACUUCAUCAGUACGUGAAGCAGAGGAAUUCUUGUACGCUGUGUGCACUAAAUCAUUUUGGUAUACAAACAUUGUUU